AGUACAAUAUCAUAAACAAAAGUAAAAAAUGCUGCAGCGCGUUCAGCCGCGAGUGGAAAAUCCACGUUAUGGACAAUUAAUUAUUGGUCCGCCUGGCUCUGGCAAGACCACAUACUGCAACGAGGCAUACAAAUUCUAUCGGGAACUGGGCCGACAAGUGGGCGUCGUCAAUUUGGAUCCGGGCAACGACAACAUGGCCUACGAGCCGGUGAUAAACGUCAUGGAGCUGAUCACAGUGGAGGACUGCAUGGAGCACCUGCAGCUGGGACCAAAUGGGGCGCUGAUGCACUGUGCAGAGUAUCUAGAGCAGCAUUUCGAGGAUUGGCUGCUGCCGGCGCUGCGCAAAUUGAGCGCUACCCACAAUUAUUUCCUCUUCGAUUGCCCGGGUCAGGUGGAGCUGUACACUCAUCACAAUGCCAUGGCGCGUGUCUUUGAGCGCUUGGAGGGGGAACGCUACAACCUGGUCACGGUGAACCUCAUCGAUUCGCACUACUGCUCGGAGCCGGCGAAGUUCAUUGCCACGCUGCUGAUGGCCCUAAAUACGAUGAUGCGUAUGAGUUUGCCCCAUAUCAAUGUGUUGUCCAAGGCGGAUCUGCUGCGCAAGCACGAGACAAAGCUGCACUUUAGCGUGGACUACUAUACGGAUGUACUGGAUCUGAAGUAUUUGCUGGAGAAACUGGGCGAUGAUCCAGCGAUGCGCAAAUAUCAGAAACUCAACGAAGCCAUUUGCUCCAUGGUGGAGGAUUAUGCACUUGUCUCCUUCAAGCUGCUCGAUGCCUUCAGCACGGACAGCAUGCUCCGACUCCGAAAUCAUAUCGACAAGGCCAAUGGCUAUGUGUACAAGGCUGGCGAGGAGCAAACGGUUAAUUCUUUGCUGGCCUGCGCCAUCGGCGCUGAAACAGAAGCUAUGCGUCAGCAACAAGAUAUUGAUCCCUACAUGGAGCAGCAACGGCAGCAGUAGCAGCAGCUAUCUACAUAAUUACUAUAAAAUACAUUUUAGUUAUAUCUUUGGCAAUUUCUUUAUCAAAAUCCAUUUGCAAAAAUAAGUUUUUUCCGCCGACGCCCACAUGAUUUCCUGUGAUAAAUAAUUGUUUCACUUUUCAAAUGCGCUGCACACGGUGUACAUUAGUUUUACCACUAUGUUUGAUAUAAAUAUAAAAAAUAUAUCAAUAAAAUGCA